CUUUGACACAACACUCAAGACUGACAACAUGCUCUUAAAGAGAGCUCUCCUUCUCUUUGCCGUGAUUAUUCCCUAUUGUUUGUCCAGCAAAACAGACAAAUGUCAGGAGAAAGAAAUCAAAGACAUGGACAAAUGUAACAGCGUGGUCAAAAAAGGCUUGAGAGACAAUGGCAAGAAAGGAUUUUGUGAUUCUAUGAAGAAAUUGCUGCACUGUGUGAAUAAGAUUGAUAUGGCAUGCAGCACUGACCGAAUAAAAAACUAUCGCUUCGUGGUGCUGGCGUACGUGUGGAUGAAUGAGCUUACUGGGAAAUGUCAGCUAGCUGAAAACGCGAGGAAGGAGUUGAAGGAACUCAGGGGCAAUGUUCUUGCACAUGGGACUAAAGACAUAACUGACAACAAGGAAUUCAUCAAGCAAGCAAACAUGGACCCAAAUGAUAACCCGGCUCUAGAGCCCUUCAGUGCUAGUAAAGAAACCAAAGAAGUCCAUACGAAAUGUAUGUCAAAAUUUGAAGAGGAACAGAGCGAGAACAACGAUAUUUGCGGUGGACUACAAAAUUUAAUCAAAUGUUAUAAAGAUGCUACAAAAUCCUCUUCUGCCUGGGUUUCUCCGCUGACCGAUGCCUUCUAUAAUCUCAUAAAUACGAUGAGUAAUUCUCUGAUUGAUUUCUUUAAACAAAACAAACUGAGUAAAGAUACUACGUUAUGCCAACCAUCAGCAUACAUAUGAAUAGAGUAAAGAUUCACCUCGAGCGGGGGAGGGGUGGUGCACCAUUGCACACAGCCCCCCUCCCCUCCCAAGUAUAAAACGAGGCGAACAUUGUAAACAUCAGUGUAAACAUAACAGUCUAUCAAUUUGUUAUCGUGGGAUUUAGCAUCAUAACAAAUAAAACGAAAUGCAUGUCAAAAAACAAA